AAGGAGCAGGAUGAGAAGACCAGUGCUGUGAAGGAGGAGCUGAAGUACUGGCAAAAACUGCGGCACGACCUGGAGCGCGCCCGGCUCCUCAUCGAGCUGAUCCGCAAGAGGGAGAAACUCAAACGGGAGCAGGUCAAGGUCCAGCAGGCUGCCAUGGAGCUGCAGCUGACCCCCUUCAACGUGCUGCUGCGCACAACGCUGGACCUGCUGCAGGAGAAGGAUGCUGCCCAGAUCUUUGCAGAGCCUGUUGACCUGAACGAGGUUCCAGAUUACCUGGAAUUCAUUUCCAAGCCAAUGGAUUUUUCCACCAUGAGGCGGAAGCUGGAGUCCCACCUGUACCGAACGUUGGAGGAGUUUGAGGAAGACUUUAACCUUAUAGUUGCCAACUGCAUGAGGUAUAAUGCUAAAGACACGAUUUUCCACCGAGCAGCUGUCCGGCUCAGGGACCUGGGAGGGGCCGUGUUGCGCCACGCCCGGCGGCAGGCCGAAAGCAUCGGCUUUGACCCUGCUGUGGGGAUUCACCUGCCUGAGUCACCCAAAACCGAGGACUUUUACCGCUUUUCUUGGGAGGAUGUGGAUAACAUCCUGCUCCCGGAGACCCGCGCCCACCUCUCCCUGGAGGCCCAGCUGAAGGAGCUGCUGGAGAAGCUGGACGUGGUGAGCCCCAUGCGCUCCAGCGGCGCCCGGACGCGCCGCCUGCGGCUGCUGCGCAGGGAGAUCAACGGCGUGAGGCAGAGGCUGGCCCAGCAGCAGCACCGGGCCCUGCCC